GGUCUUGUAUGCAAGACCCAGCGAUUAGUCGUGACAUGCUCUGCAUUCUUACAUCGUCCUCUUUGAGUCUCCCAUUGUGACAGCUCAACCUGCUCAUAUCUAUGUCUUUUCUUUUCUUUUUCCUGCCCUUCACAACGGCCUACGAGUACGGCUAUCCAUCAUGGUUCCUCCCACGGUCUUUGGUCAGAUCGUAGAAAGGACUGCCAUUCCUGCUGAUGCCCUUCCUGUCAAGGUUGGCACCUACGAGCAGGGAAUUUCCGUGCAAGUCACUUGCGGCGUGUUCAUGUCGCUAUCAUGGAUCGCGGUGAUACUUCGAUUCUAUACUCGAGGCGUCCUUGUACGCAACAUAGGGGCUGAUGAUAUAUGGAUUUUACUGGCUGUCAUUUUCUUUACGGUCUACAAUGUUUCCUGCAUUGUUUGCGCAGGUGCCACAAUGGGCGAUGGCUAUCUGCGCAUCGGAAAUGUCGACGCGGCAUUCAACUGGCUUAUGGCUGCGGAAAGCUUCUAUGUCGUUACAAUGUGCGCGCUCAAGGUUUCCGUCUCCAUCUUCUUCUUGCGCGUUAUGAUCAAGCCGUGGCAGAGAAAAAUUGUCUACGCGUCUCUACUGCUCGCGACGCUAAUCAAUAUUGCUUACUUCUUCCUCAUCGUGUUCCAAUGUGGAGUUCCAAGAGGAGGGAUGUCAUUCCUUAUCAAGCAGCUCGCGAAGAAGUGUCUCACGCCUGCACAGUUUCUGGGAGUGUCCUACACGCACGGCGCGAUAUCCAGCGUGACUGACAUAGUGUUCGCACUCCUUCCUUUCACCGUGCUUAGAGAGUCGAAAUUGCGCACGCGGGAACGGGCAACGGUCGUCGCGAUCUUAGCUCUUGCGGCCAUCGGCGGUGUUGCAUCCAUGGUUCGACUUAACUACGUAUCUCGACUCGCCACCGCUGUGGAAACCUGGUUCGCAGAUGCCAACCUCGUAGCCAUUUGGUCUGCCAUCGAACCGGGGCUAGGUAUAUGCGCCAGCUCGCUUGCUACUCUGCGGCCACUUUUCCGUGGCAUCUUCGGCACGAAUUCGUCCUUCAGCAAUUCGAGCUUCCACGCCACGCAAUACGCGCGCUUUCCAUCUCUCAAGUCUGGGUCCACCAGAGUGGAGGAACUUCCUGUGCGCAAGGACGAGUCUAAUGAGUCUUUCGAGUUUAUUCAGACAGGUUUCGCGAACGCCAGGUUUAGCUUACCCCCUCCACCUCAUCAGAUCAUUCCGAAGGAGCCAUGGAGGCCGAGCGCAUCGACGGACAGAUCAGGCAUGACGAGCAGAAUAGGAAAGGCCGAAGAACUUCUGGGAGAGGACUUGAGCAAUAUCAUCUCACCGCGAUUAGGGAAUUCAGUCAGUUGUGAGGGCCCGAGCGAUGCGAUCAGGGCACAUCCACAUAGAUGCAGCUCAAUAUGCAAGCUGCAUGGGCGCAGACCGACAAAAUCGUGAACGGAAGGUCUCAGCUCCUGAGUUGUUGCCAGCGCUUUUUGAUAUUCGAUGCGAUAUCAGCCCUCAAGCGUAGCCAAGCUUUGUCAUUACAGCGGCGCGCACCCAUUCAUUUGCCAACUUCGAGAUGGAACCCAGUGGGGAAGGAGCAGAGCUUUAGGCGUGAAUGAGACUGAAGAGGAGAACAUCCGCACAAAAAGGAUUACGUGGUUGCAGUCCGGUGGAUGAGUGUAUCGGAUGUGAUGAUGCAAAGCGCGCAACGUGCGUUUGUUUUAUCAGUGGAAGUUCCCCCAAAAGCUAGCUUUGAACGGGCGAGAAGAAGGGGAAGAUUCUUACCUUGAUGACGGUUGCAGCGCGAUCAGAAUGGUGAGAGCAGGUUUCAGCGCGCAGGCCAAACCCAUGUGCGCGUUAAGAAUUCAACAUACAACAUCACUGACUUCAGUGUUUUGAGUCAGCGUAUGUUCAUUCUCGUUGUCUCUGUCCGUGUGGUAAAGAGACAAGGUUUAGUUGAGUUGAUAAUUAUGGAGGCCAGUUGCACAACGUGACUACCUCGCACUUCUUUGUUCCGAUCUUGUACAGAUUACCCAAAUAUGCUAAUAAAGACAUUAAGAAUCUGGCCUUAA